GAACUAGCCGUUAAGCUCGCCGCCCGCCGUCUGUGUGCACCGGGUGGAUCUCAGGCCGCCGCCUCGCCUCCCCGCCCCAAAGGGUUUAAAAGCAGAUUUUCCCGAACUUGCAACUUUUCAAAGUAAAAGAUCGCCAUGGAUGAUGAUAUUGCUGCACUGGUUGUUGACAAUGGCUCUGGAAUGUGCAAAGCCGGUUUUGCUGGGGACGACGCUCCUCGUGCUGUCUUCCCCUCCAUUGUUGGUCGCCCCAGACACCAGGGUGUGAUGGUUGGAAUGGGCCAGAAAGACAGCUAUGUUGGUGACGAGGCACAGAGCAAAAGAGGCAUCCUUACCCUGAAGUAUCCUAUCGAACACGGCAUUGUCACCAACUGGGACGACAUGGAGAAGAUCUGGCACCACACCUUUUACAACGAGCUGAGAGUUGCCCCUGAGGAACACCCUGUGCUGCUAACAGAGGCGCCCCUGAACCCCAAAGCCAACAGAGAAAAAAUGACACAGAUCAUGUUUGAGACUUUCAACACCCCGGCCAUGUACGUCGCUAUCCAGGCAGUGUUGUCCCUUUAUGCCUCUGGCCGCACCACUGGCAUUGUGAUGGACUCUGGUGAUGGUGUCACCCACACUGUGCCCAUCUACGAAGGUUACGCCUUGCCCCAUGCCAUCCUCCGUCUGGAUCUGGCCGGCCGUGAUUUGACUGACUACCUCAUGAAGAUCCUGACUGAGAGAGGCUACAGUUUCACCACCACAGCCGAGAGAGAAAUUGUGCGUGACAUCAAGGAGAAACUCUGCUACGUUGCACUCGACUUUGAGCAGGAGAUGGCCACAGCUGCAUCGAGUUCAUCCCUGGAGAAGAGCUAUGAGCUCCCUGACGGUCAGGUGAUCACCAUUGGAAACGAGCGGUUCAGGUGCCCCGAAGCCCUCUUCCAGCCCUCUUUCUUAGGUAUGGAAUCCUGCGGUAUCCAUGAAACCACUUUCAAUUCCAUCAUGAAGUGCGAUGUGGAUAUCCGUAAAGACCUGUAUGCCAACACUGUCCUGUCUGGUGGUACUACGAUGUACCCUGGCAUUGCUGAUAGAAUGCAGAAGGAGAUCACAGCCCUGGCACCCAGCACAAUGAAAAUCAAGAUUAUCGCCCCACCUGAGCGCAAAUACUCUGUCUGGAUUGGUGGCUCCAUCCUUGCCUCUCUGUCCACCUUCCAGCAGAUGUGGAUCAGCAAGCAAGAGUACGACGAGUCUGGGCCUUCCAUUGUUCACCGCAAAUGCUUCUAAAAAGGACUAGUUACCAUGAUAACAUUUUUUCUCUCUUUUGACAAAAAAAUCCCCCCGUUAACUGCGCAUAAAACGAGAGUUGAGAUUGGGCAUGGCUUUAUUUGUGUUUUUGGCGCUUGACUCAGGAUAUAAAAACUGGAAGGUGAAAAGUUGACGGCAGCAGUCUUUUAAAAAAAAAAAAGUGUUGGAGCGAACUCCCCCCCCCCCAAGUUCUACAAUGCAUCUGAGGACUUUAAUUGUACAUUUGUGUUUUUUUUCUUUUGUUUUUUAAAUCAUUCCAAAUAUUGUAUAAUGCAUUGAGAGGAAGGUAAACCAGCCUCUAUGAAGGCGGCAGCCCAGCUCAAAGGGAGAAGAAAUAACUAUCGAGUGUCCUAGCAAAAAUGUUACUUGUAUGUAAAUUAUAUAACCCGACAAGUGUCUUUCUGUAUCCUGCGCCUUAAAACAAAACACACUUGGUUCUCUUUUUUUGUUCUUUGGUCAAGCAAAAAAAAUGGGCUGUGGCUGUUUUCUCUUCUUCCCAAUCUCUAGAUGUGAAGGCUUACAGUCUACCCCCCCUUCUCAUCCCAUAGGGGAGUCCUUACCCAAAUUGGUGCCAGUAUGUACACAGGAUACAGGGGCGGAGGGGGGCAAAACUGUACACUGACUUAAGAACAGUUCUAAAUAAAGAUGCACACAAUAGA